AUGAAUGUCAUCAUCCCUUAUCAGUUGCCGCAUUCAGUGAAGGCUCCAUGUUCCCAAUCUGGUGAAGCGUCAUCGACCAACAAGAAGAAUUCUAAAGCAGUUCAUUAUAUCCAAACUCCUGCACGUGUCCGACUGGAAAUUGAACACUCAAUCCAGCUUAUACGUCAUUUUCUUCCAAUUAAGCUCCCUUUGGAAACAAAGGUAUGGAAACAGAUCCGAUACAUUCUCGUCCCUUCUAACAACAAAGAAAAGCUUCGACUUCUGGUACCAGAGAUUACCGCG